CUUCUUUUAACAGUUUUACACACGCGUUUGACCCAACAAAAUAUAGAUAAUAAAGAAAAUAAAAAACGCACACGCAUUUGUUUGUGCGUGUGUGUAUGGUCGAAGCCUCCAACGAUCCAACUGCACAUGCAACGGGAGAACAAGAAACAACGUUUCCAAAAAUUUGUCACACCAAUCUCAAGUAUUCUGCAACAUCAAUUGGAAUCUUCAGAACAAAAUCUUGGGCGUGAUUCUAUGAACACCUCUCCAUAGCAGAACUUUGUCAAAGUAGUAAACUUUUCCAAGAAAGAGCAUUAGUUUAAAGUUGAAGUAAUAUGGGAGGGGGAACAGGAAACAACGACGAGUCUACUGACAGAGGGCUAUUUUCAAACCUUGCUGGAUUUGCUUCUGGACACCUUGCACGACCUGGAUCACACCAUGGAUAUCCCCAAGGUGGAUAUCCUCCCCAAGCUGGGUACCCCCCUCAAGGCGGUUACCCUCCCCAAGGUGGGUACCCUCCUCAAGGCGGUUACCCUCCCCAAGGUGGAUACCCUCCUUCCGGUGGGUACCCUCCAUCUGGAUAUCCUCCCGCAGGAUAUCCACCAACAGCCCAUCCAGCCCCUGGUGGAUAUCCACCAGCCGGUUAUCCAGGUCCAUCAGCUCCACAUCAUUCAGGGCGUGGAUCAUCAGGUAUGGGGAUGGGGGCCAUGUUAGCUGGGGGUGCUGCUGCCGCAGCUGCUGGCUACGGAGUUCACCAUCUUGUGCAUGGGAGUCACCAUGGUGGCGGAUACGGUCAUGGCGGCGGAUAUGGUCAUGGCGGUGGAUAUGGUCAUGGUGGCUAUGGGGGCUUCGGUCAUGGAAAGUUCAAACAUGGGAAACAUGGAAAGUUUAAGCAUGGGAAACAUGGCAAGUUCAAGAAAUGGAAGUAAUAGUUCAUCUAAGGAAAUCGAAUGGAGGGUUCAGAUCCAAAUCCCUUCCUCUAUUGAUAAUAUUAUAUUACAAUUGGUAUUUUCAUAUGCAGGUGUUUGAAAGAUGUUAUUGUGUUCUUUUUUUCCGAAAGGAUGUUAUUGUGCAUGCCCAUACGCAGUUUUACAAGUUUAUUUGUUUAAUCUUACAAGCUUAGUUCUUUG